AUGGAGGAGAAGCUGUUACCCAUGCAGCAAGUCACCCCUCUCCACGACGCUGAAAUUGUCCAGUGGAAAGCUGUUUUAUUAAAGUCUGAAGGUUGGACAGAACACCUGGUCGAGUCUGGAGGUUGGACAGAACACCUGGUCGAGUCUGGAGGUUGGACAGAACACCUGGUCGAGUCUGGAGGUUGGACAGAACACCUGGUCGAGUCUGGAGGUUGGACAGAACACCUGGUCGAGUCUGGAGGUUGGACAGAACACCUGGUCGAGUCUGGAGGUUGGACAGAACACCUGGUCGAGUCUGGAGGUUGGACAGAACACCUGGUCGAGUCUGGAGGUUGGACAGAACACCUGGUCGAGUCUGGAGGUUGGACAGAACACCUGGUCGAGUCUGGAGGUUGGACAGAACACCUGGUCGAGUCUGGAGGUUGGGCAGAACACCUGGUCGAUACUGGAGGUUGGGCAGAACACCUGGUCGAGUCAGGAGGUUGGACAGAACACCUGGUCGAGUCUGGAGGUUGGACAGAACACCUGGUCGAGUCUGGAGGUUGGACAGAACACCUGGUCGAGUCUGGAGGUUGGACAGAACACCUGGUCGAGUCUGGAGGUUGGACAGAACACCUGGUCGAGUCUGGAGGUUGGACAGAACACCUGGUCGAGUCUGGAGGUUGGACAGAACACCUGGUCGAGUCUGGAGGUUGGACAGAACACCUGGUCGAGUCUGGAGGUUGGACAGAACACCUGGUCGAGUCUGGAGGUUGGACAGAACACCUGGUCGAGUCUGGAGGUUGGACAGAACACCUGGUCGAGUCUGGAGGUUGGACAGAACACCUGGUCGAGUCUGGAUGCUGGACAGAACACCUGGUCGAGUCUGGAGGUUGGACAGAACACCUGGUCGAGUCUGGAGGUUGGACAGAACACCUGGUCGAGUCUGGAGGUUGGGCAGAACACCUGGUCGUGACUGGAGGUUGGGCAGAACACCUGGUCGAUACUGGAGGUCGGACAAAACACCUGGUCGAGUCUGGAGGUUGGACAGAACACCUGGUCGAUACUGGAGGUCGGACAAAACAACUUGCAAGCUGGAUGUUGUAG